AUGCUAGGAGUAAUUUCUCUGGCCAGUUCGAUAGGACAAUGGCUCGAAACAACACCGCAACGACGUCCAGCCCUCUUUGCGAGGCAAAAGACGGUGCAAGAUAUCUACGAAGAUAUCGACAAAAUGACUGGCAAAGGAACACAAAUGGCACAAGAAGAAGUCAUUUCGCUGGAAUCGGUUAUGGCUGAGUUUAAAUUACCAAAUAGCACACUACGUCGAAUGAUGGAACAUAUGUCGAAAAAUAUGGAUAGAGGCUUGAAAGGUGGUCUUGCAAUGAGUACCAUCUCAAUGUUACCCUCGUUUGUGCCUGAACUUCCUGACGGAACAGAGGAAGGAACAUUUAUUGCUAUGGACUUGGGUGGUACAAACUUACGUGUUAUGUUAAUGAAGAUUACACCUGGAGAGCCGUUGACAGCAGAACAGUUUAAUACACGUAUUCCAAACUGGGCGAUGCAUGGUACUGGUGAACAGCUCUUUGACUUCAUUGCGAAUUGUUUAGCUGAUUUUUUAAUUGAAAAGGGAAUUGAUCAAGCUGGGCUUCCUCUUGGAUUUACGUUCUCUUAUCCUUGCGAUCAAACGGGUUUACGUUCAGCACGAUUGCUGCGGUGGACUAAAGGAUUUGAGGCUACAGGUGUAGUUGGCGAAGACGUUGUACAGCUGUUGGAAAAAGCGAUUGCUAAAAAUGGAAAGAUAAAAGUGGAAGUUGUAGCACUAAUAAACGAUACUGUUGGAACGAUGGUUGCCGCAGCUCACGAAGCUGGUGGAGUGUGUCAUGUUGGUGCUAUUAUAGCAACUGGAACGAACGCAUCAUAUAUGGAAGAUUGUUCGAAAAUAACACAGGGUCUUUCAACAGCCACUGAGCCAUAUCCAUAUCCACAAAUGAUCAUUGAUACCGAAUGGGGUGGUUUCGGUGAUCGUAAUGAAGCAGAAUAUAUUCUAACGCAAUACGAUAAGCUCAUUGAUAGCAGAUCCGAACAUCCUGGAGUUAAUGUGUUGGUUGAUUCAAUUCAUGUCGCCAUAUUCGAUUCACGCAAUAAUAUUCAACUAGUGAGCAACAAACCACUGCUGUUACCUUCUUAUCGGAAACUGUAUCUUACAUUGCUGCAAUUCAGUUUUGACAAAUUAGUCGCUGGUAGAUGCAUGGGCGAAUUAGUGCGGAUGGUACUCGAAAAAUUAACGCGAAGUGGAGUGCUUUUUGGUGGAAGAGGAUCUGAGCCUCUUUUCACGCGAGACCAAUUCCCAACCAAAUAUAUUUCUGAAAUCCUCAGUGAUGAAGGUGGAUCGUAUCAAAAUACAAGGCAAAUCAUGGGUGAAUUGGGCAUUGAACAGUACACAUUCAGUGAUAUGCUAUUGUUUCGUGAAGUUUGCAUUGUUGUAUCACGCCGUUCUGCGAAUCUUGGCGCUGCAGCGAUUGCGUGUCUGUUAAAUCGUAUACGAAAGCCUGAUAUGAUUGUGGGUAUUGAUGGCAGUACGUACAAGUAUCAUCCAUUCUUUGAUUUUUGGGUCAAUGAGAAGCUCAGAGAGCUUGUUGAUCCAUCAAUAAAGUUCAGAGUGAUUCAAACGGGUGAUGGUAGUGGUAAGGGUGCAGCGCUGAUAACCGCGAUAGUAUCACGACUCAAACGAAGAAAGCAGUUGGAAGAGGCACGAACAACGAAUCAAACACAAAAUGUUUCAGUGAAAAGCGAAUCAGAAGAAUGCUUUAAUGACGACAAAUUCGAGAACAAUGACGAGAUACGGCUGAACGAAAUCGGAAUCGAACAAGUUGUUGAGCAGCCUUCUUCGUAA